AAAAGUCAGUCUAAGAUUUAGCCGUCAGCAGUUGUCUUUUGAUCGGUUUCAAUGCAUUGGGUGACUAUUUAAAGAUUACCAAAUACUGAAGAUAACGUCUUGGGACAUGGCGACCAGUGCCCGAGAUGACGAAUUUGAUGAGUACGAUAAACCAGGUGCGGAGAGGUCGAGAAGGAGGCGAGGAGAGGACGGUGAUGAACUCGACAGUGAUUUAGAAGGCGACCUGCUGGAAGAAGACUGGCUGACAGCCAAAAAGAAUCCCUCAGAACUGUCGGAUGAAGAAUUAAACGAUGAUCUUUUGCAAAGUGACGAGGAAGAUCAAAACACAAGUGGCCAGGGCACAGCGGUGAGUCUAAACGCCACGCUGGGUCUGACCUCAUCCUUCGACCAGCAGGAAGAGGGCUUGGAGGACGAAGAGGAGUACACAGAGGAAGGCUACGGAGCCGGGGAGGAAGAGCAGAGCUACGCUCACGAAGGGGAAGAGUACGAGGGGGACGGGUAUGAAGGGAACGUUGACGGCGGGCUGACGGAGGAGGGAAUGGCGUAUUCCGGGGAGCAGAACGACCACGACGAAGCUGUUUACCAGGACGAAGUGCUCGACAUUGGUAUCAAUGAGCCUCUGGACGAUGAAUUUCAAGUGGAUGAGUACACAGCUCAUGCUGAAUAUAGCGGAGAGCAGAUGGAGGAGCAGGAAGAGACGGAUGAACAGGAAAUGCCCGAGGAAGAGGAGGAAGCUGAAGAAGCUGAGGGGCAGGAUGAAUCUCAGGUCACAGAGUCAGAGCUUGAGAACGAGCCGGAGGCAGAGGAGGAGACGAGGGACGAGUCUGACGAGGAAGAGGACGAUGGGGAAGAGUCCGGCCGACUGCGCUUUAAGACCGAGCGCAAAGACGUUACUGUGGUCCGGCUGUCCGACGCCGCCAGUAAGAGGCGGAACAUUCCAGAAACUUUGGAAUUGUCUGAGGAAGCCAAAGCAGACCUGCUGGAGUUCGAGGAGAGGGAACGCCAGAGAAAGCAGGGACGUUUUGGCAACAGAGGGAGAGGCGGCAUGGUCGGCGGGAGAGGAGGAAGAGGAGGUGGCGGAGGCAGAGGAGGUAGAGGCGGAAUGCUGGCUUUUGGAAUGGGAGACAUGAGAGGAGAUGGAGGCGGACGGGGGAGAAUGAUGGACCAGCGGCCUCCACUGAUGCCAAUGAACAUGGGUUUGCAGCAGUCUAGAAUGCCUCCUCCACACCUUCAGCAGCCCAAGUCUCGUCCGCUUGGUCCGAGAGGAGGAAGAGGAGGAGGAGGGCCCGGUCUGUUUCCCGACCCGAGCGCUGUCAUGUCCCAGCAGCCCCUGCAGCCGCUGAUCCCGCCCCACCUGGCGCAGCGUUCGCCGUCCUCACACGGGGCUCCGCUACGGGCGCAGCUAGACCCCCACCCCCCUCGCCUCAUGAGCCCCUCCCCGCCCACACAUGCAGACCCACCCCAUCAGCUCCACCACCAUCACCAGCAACAGCAGCAGCAGCCCAAGAACAUCCACAUCAACCCGCACUUCAGAGGCCCUGCCUCCUCCCCCGUGCAAGUGCCCUUAAUGCCCCAAGCCCAGAACCAGCCGCGACCUAACCUUGGUCCGCAGAGAUUCCCGGAUCUCACUGACUUUCAGCAACACCUCCCUGGGAAUUUUGGCCAACCGCAGAGACCCCCACAUCCCCAAGACGCCUGGAGAGGCCCCCCUCCCCCACACCAGGACAGGGAGCCUUUCUUCAUGAAUGAACCACGCUUCCCUGGCCAGCACAUAUUUGAUCAGCCAAACCCAGCCCCCCUCAUGAAUAAUAAUGCCCACCAUCUUCCCGGGCAAGGCCCGAUGCCCUUCCACCAGCAGGGGGGUCCAGCAGGCUUCGGGCCCCUGGGACCCGGGCCGGGACAGGGCCAUGGGCCCCUGGCAGGGUUAUUCCAUAGAGAUGCCCCCAGGCCGAAUUUGCCUCCUCAGCACAGUGGUCCCCCGGGCCCUCAGGGGCCCCGGCACUUUAUGGGCCCUCGGCAGCCCUUCCCCCCGCAACAGGGUCCAGGUUUCAGUCCCCAGCACAUGCCUUUUGGGAUGCAGGUACGCCAGAGAGGCUUAAUGCCGCCACAUUCACAGCCCCAACACAACGAUCCUCCUCUAUCCCAUCAGCCUUUGCUCCAGCUGCAGCAGCAGCAGCAUCAUCGACAGGACCUCCCGCCGCAGGGCCAUCCACACGGGCCCCAUCACCAACAGCCGCACCAACAUCACCCCGGAGACCAACACCCCAUCUCGCACCUCCCCCAGCCUCCCUUUCGUCAGCCAAUGCACAGUGGCCCCAGACAGAUGCAACCCCGCCCACAUCUCCCUCCGCAGCGCAGCAGCCCCAUGAGACCCAGGAUGAAUUCUCCCCCAACUCCCCAGCAGAUUCAGAGCACAACCCAACGCAACAGCAAUCUCCGUGAGCUCCCUAUUGCCACUGGCAACCAUAACAUGACCAGUCCUCGCAUGCCAAUGUCGGGAGGGCAAGUUAUGCCCAUGAACAGGACACCGCAAGGGGUCAGACCGGGGCAGAACGUCCGGCCUGUGCCCGGUGGGAGGGGAACGCCAGCAGGACGGGGACAGGGCGGUGCCAGAACCCCUUCGGAGCCGGGCGGGCAAAAAGUGAAGAAAGAGACCCAGCCGCCACCCACUCAGCCGUCUGCUCCUCAGCCCAGCUCCACUGCUCAGGAUCUGGAGGAGGACGAGGAGACGCGUCAGUACCGGCUGAAGAUCGAGGAGCAGAAGAAGCUGCGUGAGGAGAUCCUGAAGAGGAAGGAGCUGCGGAGACAGAUGCAGGCGGGCGUCCGUAAGAAGGAGCUGUUGGAACGCAUCAGCGGCCAAGGCCAAACGUCCACGCAGUCCCCGCAACAGCAGUCACCCCAGGUCCCCACGCCCGUGCCCGCCCCGCUCACCCCGCCGCAAGUCCCCGUGUCCCCUCCCAAUGGUGCUCCCCAGACCCUCACCACCCCACGCCAAAACGUGAAGACCCGUCUGCAGCUGAACAAAGUCCAGCCUCAGGCUACGGGCAGGUCUGGACCUCUACAACAGGGCACGGGAUCCGACGCCCCCAGUCGGCCUGGCCAGUGGCAACAGCAACAGCCGAAUCAGGCGCAGAACCAGCCACAGAGGAGGAGCACAGCCCAACAGAACCAGAGACAGGGGGCCCAGUCCCUGAACCCCAAGGCUGGGGGAGGAGACGUUGCCAUGCAGGAUGCCCCAAUGGAAGGCCAGGGGCCAGGCCAGCCCCAGACUUCAGCGCCUAAACCUGGAGGAAAGAGGACGGUGAUGCAGCGUGCAAACAGCUUGGGGUCUCCACAGAUCCCACAGAAAAUCCGGGUGGUGAAACUUCUUGGAGGGGGAGAUGGGGGUCCCAACUCCAGCACCCCACCACAACAGCAGCAACAACAACAGCAGCAGCAGCAGCAGAUUGGUCGCCCAGCCCCCCAGCAGAGACUUGGCCCCAUCAGGAAGGUUACCAUGGGGACAGGCAGCAUGCAACCACCUCAGCAGCAGAAACAGGGGCACAAUCUCCAGCAGCAGCAACAGGGAGGACGAGGAAUGGCCAACCAGUCUAACAGGGUGGUGGUCCCAGUCCGAGGCCGUGGACGGGGGGGUCAGAUGGGUCGCGGGGGGAGAAUGAUGCAGCCCAGACAGAACGCCCGAUCAGUGGACUCUCAGCCCAGCACCGUCUCCAUCGAGGGCCUGUCCUCCUCCACCACAGAGAAACAGCUCGUGAACCUGCUCAACUCCAUUGGACCCAUUCAGAUGUUUAAAAUGUUGCCACAGCAGAGGAAGGCCGUUGCCAAGUUUGUGAAUCCCCAGCAUGCCUUGAGUUUCCAGAAUAGUUUCCACAGGCAUAUGAUAGACUUGUCCCAUAUUGACGUCUCCAUUAUUGACGGCUGAGGAGCUCCAAAUGUUGUCAAUCAGCAUUGAGAGAGAGAGACAAAAAGCAGGGGCGAGCACGUUUAACAAUGAUGUCCACUCACUCAAGAUGUCCACACCCUGCUGCACUGGGACAAAAAGAGUCCAAACUGCACACCACCAGACCCGAGGAACAAAAUGAACAACAGCCGCCACAAACCGCAAAAAAUACUCCGACCAACCAGCACGAACAGAGCUGGGAAGUCGAGAGCGUCUUCCCACAUGGCAGAUUUAUCUGUCUGUGGUCGUAGGCAUUACAGUUGUAGCGCUGCUGUUGAGCGAACAUUGUGACUCUAACGGAAACUUCUAGACUGUGUAGAAAAGGAACAGUUAAAGGAGGAAAGAAAGCGAGGGAAUAGUUACAGCAUGCAUUUAGAGACAUUGGAUAAUGGUUGCUCCCACGACGUUGCUCCCAGCCACUGUUGGGGAGACUGAUUAAUACAGAAAAUACCUCUGAGAGCUUUCUGUUGGUCCGUAUGAAUACCGUAUGUUGUAGGUGUAGGAGGUGGUCAUCUGUGAGUCGUUUUGUUCAUGUUGACAGUGCCUUUUGCCACUAGAGGGCAGUCUUUGAUAGUAAAUGUCUUGUCAUCGAUCCCUAAGUCUGGAUUUCUCUGGUUUUUUUAUUCAAGUCAGCAGCGAUUUUUUUCUUUCCUUGCUGAACAGCACUGCCUGGUGGACAGUUUGCAAACUGUGGUUCGUAAUUGGUCGUAUACAACAUUUUUAUAUGAUCUGAUUUGUCCAUAUUUUCCUCUGGCUUAUGUUUGGGUGCGCUUGACAGUAGGGCAGUUUUGUAGCUCAUUUAAAAAAAAAAUUGGAUUUUCCAUCCCAUAAAAGGGCCAAUCCCAGCCAAAGGUUUUGUGUGCGGAUAGUAUUGUACUUCUGUGAAUUUGGUUUAAAUAUGAUGUUGGAUAGUUGAAAUGUGAAACAUACCAUUCAAGCAGUUUGAAACAAAUUGGAUUCUAAAUUUAACCUCUUUGUCAUACAGAGCUAAAAUUAAACAGUUCAAUUAAACAAUGCCAUUACUUUUUUUUUAAUAAGUGUAUAUGUUUCGACAGUAUUUGAGAAUGAGUGAAUAGUAUAGUAUACCUCUUUGCGUUGUACUUCUGAUUCCAUAAGUGACAAAGGCAGUGUAUGUUGUUGUCGAUGUCAGUUCUCCUGGUUAAAUUCUAAUGUCUGGCCUGCAUGUUGACUUAGAGAAGAUGGGUAAGAGCUGUCACAAAAAGGAAUUAUAGGGACUUCCCCUGAAUAACUGUUUUAUCUAAUACCGUAAAAAAAAAAAAUUACAAAAUGAACCCUUUUACAUCAUUUUAAUUUUAAUUUCAGACACGUUGGUGGGACAUUUAGCUGAAGAGUUAUUUUUAAUAGAGUUAGAACGUGGACAGUGUUUAUCUUCGAGCAGAAUGAAAAAUAAUGAACACCAACUUUCCGUUUUGGUCUCCUAAGAUGUUCAUUCCCCCGCAUUAAACGUAGACACAAUGGAUAAAACAUAGCCUGUGUGAUGCUAGCAUUUGGGAAUGGAAACAAAUGGGCAUUUUCAGUCUUCAGCCAUUGAUGACACUGUGUUAUUAUGGAUAAAAGGAGGGGGAAUGCGGCAGCUCUUAAGGACAAAGGCAGGCGGCUGUAUGGAUGUGGUGUUUGGUUGGUUGAGCCUCAUCAUUUGCUUUGGCAUUUGAAUGUUCUUGUGUCUCUGAGUGUUCCUUAACGAUGUGUUUAGCAGCAGUGGAUAAGGGACUCAUCUUUGAGCGUUUUGAAAAAAAGGUCGGAUGUCUGCGCAUUGCGUCGUGUUUGUUAGGUUUUUCUUUUUUUCUUUUCUUUUUUUUCUUUUCUUUUUUUGGACUGGCUACGCAGUACUUGCUCCACUAGGAAUAGCUUACAGUAGCUCCCCGUCAGUGUGACAUACUGUUUUUGUUGCACUUUUAUGGAGAACUUUACAGAAAAAGUUCAGUAUAUAGCACUCAUUUCCCUUACUUUUCUAAUUAGGUUUGAUCUCUAUUAAUUCUUCUAAAGAUUUAAUGUUUUCUCUGUACCAAAUUCAAACCCUAAGAUCUCCUGAAUCCUUUGUGACGUUCAAAUGUCAAGAUGAAAUUGCAGCCCAUGUUUACACUGUUAUUCACAAAGCUAUGAACAUUCUGGCAGUUAAUGUAGAGGUAAUUAACAGCCUGUCUAGAAAGUCUGUUUACUGAGUCAGUAAUAAAACAAACACUAACUUUUUUUUAUGAGUACCACAGAACAGGAUUAUCAGCAAUAGUAGUACCUUACAACCCGAGUACAAGUGAAACCCUAAAUAUGUGACAGUUUUUGGUUGUUUUUUUUUUAGAUUGAAAGCUCUAAUGCAGAAGUUUUUUUUUUUUGUGGGGGCAACCAUUAUCAAUGUGUAAUGAUCAUGUACAUAAUUAAAUAGUACACUAUUCACCAGUUAUGUUCGUCACAGUUCGGAACGUGUCAUUUUCCUAUGUAUGUUUGAGUAACAUUUCAGGAGUAUGUUCUGGUUUGUUCUUGGAAAUGUUUGUUUGAUUUUGUUUUUGUUUUUGUUUUUUAUAUUUAAAACUGAUAGCUUUACACUGAUCAUUUUACAACCGCUUGAACUGGUAGUGGAAAACCUCAGGCCGUUGGUCUUUAACUAUUAUUUGAAGACAUUUUUAAAAAAGAAAAAAGAACAAAAAAAAAAUAAAAGAUGGCUAUGUAUAUACCAUGUAACUUUGGGUAUGUGAUGCCGAUUUGACUUUCCCAGCCAGCUCUCUGUGUGUGUGAUGUCAUUGUGUUUUGUGGUUCAAAACUACUAUUAUAUAAGGGUCCAGUAAGUGCUUUUUUUCCAUUUUGAUUUGACUUUUUUACUUAACACCAUUUAACCGUGAUAUUGUCAUUUUCCCCUCCUCCAAAUCCCUACCCCAAUAAGUGUUUCCUUUUGUGUGUCUAUGCUACAUGUAUGUAUUGAUGUGUAUUUGAAUUUUACAGCCAAAACUAAUUGUUUUUGCUGUUAAAACUAAGAGCACUUUACCAAGGGUUUAAAGAAGUAGGUCAUGUUACACGAGUAGCGGUGAUUGAUUAAUGCUGCCUGGAUGUAUGAUACUGACACUCUAUUAGCCUAAAAAUGUGCAUUCACCAAACCUUUCACCAUUUUGAACAUGUAGUGAGUAAUACUAUAAGCUGUUGUGGAGCUGCUCUCCGAUCUCCUGUUAGCAUUAUUAAUUCCAUGGUAGCAUCACCGAUAAAUCGGUGAGUGUAGUCUUUCAGUACUUCAGUUAUAUUGAAGGACUGUGCCUUUGGGUUACUUUGACUGUGAUCCAUAAGCCUGUAAUAUUGUUCAGGUUUUCACUGUUGUAGCAUAAGUUAGUUUAGUGGGUCAGAUGAUAAAUUAUUAUGAUUUUGUAGGCUGCUGCUAGUCACUCAAAGUAUACCUCUUCCAUGUUGAGUGUUCCUUAAACAUUUGGCAUGGCCUUUUGCAUAAAUAAUGUACUUGUUUUCUUUAAUGUUUCCGUUU